GUGAAAAGAAAAAGGAGGAGUGGCCCAUUUUUUGCAUUUGCUUCACCGUCAAAUUCAUCAUUAUUUUUAGUCGCUUCUCCUUCGUCUCCUCUCUUGUUCAUCAUCUCCUCUCGUCAGACAAAUAGCUUGAAAUUGAUCAUCUUCAGAAACUUUUAGCAUUUUACAUUCACUAAGGACGAUAACAGAGAAUGGUCAAAAGAUAUGGAGCGUUUUGAAGCAGGAAUUAUACCAUGUUGCAGUGCCUAGAGGGGAUCAAGCAUUUAGGUGCCUCUCUGUCUAAAUGUUGUGAUCUGGACAGACAAUCAACAGCCUUUGAAGAUCCAGAGAUCCUUGCACGAGAGACAGUUUUUAGUGUCAGUGAGAUUGAAGCUCUCUAUGAGCUUUUUAAGAAGAUUAGCAGUGCAGUGGUUGAUGAUGGGCUGAUCAACAAGGAAGAAUUUCAAUUGGCACUAUUCAAGACGAACAAAAAGGAAAGUUUGUUUGCAGAUAGGGUAUUUGACUUAUUUGACACAAAGCACAAUGGAAUCUUGGGUUUUGAGGAGUUUGCUCGUGCCCUCUCUGUUUUCCAUCCAAAUGCUCCUAUUGAUGAUAAGAUUGAGUUUUCUUUUCAGCUAUACGAUCUCAAGCAACAAGGCUUCAUUGAGAGGCAAGAGGUGAAGCAAAUGGUGGUUGCUACCCUUGCUGAAUCUGGUAUGAAUCUAUCAGAUGAUGUUAUUGAGAGCAUAAUCGAUAAGACUUUUGAAGAAGCUGAUACUAAACAUGAUGGAAAGAUUGACAAGGAGGAAUGGAGAAAUUUGGUCUUGCAACAUCCUUCACUUUUGAAGAACAUGACCCUUCAAUAUCUCAAGGACAUUACGACUACAUUCCCAAGCUUUGUCUUUCAUUCGAGAGUUGAGGAUACCUGAUUUGGCAUACACAAGCUGGAGUAGUUUAGGGAACUACCUUUACCAUCUUUUUUUCCUGUUAUGUUUUUGGAAAAACUAGUCAGUUUAUGGAUGUGGAUGUCUGGAUACUGUUCGUUGCUGCCCUGUUUCAAAAUUUGAAUAUUUUCUUGAUUUGUUAUUCAUU